AUGAUUUUGCAACGGAUACUGAAGAAGGUAGCAGUAGGAAUAGUUGCACUGAGCUAUUUGCAAAGUUUUAAGGGAAUGAUAAUAGAAGAAGACAUAUUAAAUGUAGAAGAGUAUUGGAUUAAAAGGAUAUAUUUUAUUGCUGUAGAGAUUAGAAUCCGUAAAAGAUUUCUCCGUGAAGUAAGAAAAAAAACUCUAAAAUGCAAAGAAAUAUCACCUGAUGUUUAUAAUAAAGAUCUAGAAGAUGGAGAAGAAAGCUUAUCCAGUGCAGAUAAAAAGAUUUUUGAUCUUAAUAAAAGUGUGGAAAAUAUAUUGGAAGAGAUAAAAAGAUUGAAAGAGAUACAAAGAUUGAAAGAGAUACAAAGAUUGAAAUGCUUACAAAAAUUCGAAAAAUUAAUCGAGGAAGCAACUGAGUUAUAUAAGAAAGUACAGAAUUCACUUUCAUCAGCUCUCAAUGAGAAUGACUCAUUAUGUGAUGAAAUGCAGAAGUUUGACUCUCAUAUGCUGAACAUAAUAGAGCACUAUACUAGUAACAUAAAGAACAGUAGCAGUAAGUUAAGUGAGCUGACGCUAUUUAAGCUAGCAAGGUGCAAUAAGCUUUUUACUAUAAAUAUUAUAUAUUCUCUUUUUAUGGCAGAGCCAUACAACCCAGACGAAGAUAUAAAUUCUGCAGUAAAUAGCAUAUGUGCAAAUUUAUUUAAUUAUUUUGCUUCUAUAAAUCCUUCAUCCUAUAAAAAAGCUAUAGUAAGUGAUAUAGAGAAAGGAGAGCUAGAUCUAUUAAAAUUAGUUGAUAGACAUUUUCCAUUGCUAUUAGAAGAGUACGGAGCUGAUAAAGAAGUAAUGGACAUCUAUUUAGACCUAGCAAAAGAAAGCAUUUCUGAAGAAGAAGUAAAUAAGUACACGGACAUUAGACCCGAGGAUGUUAUAAAACUGAUAUUGAUAGAGAUGGCGAUGAAUAGUCAGUUUAUGGACUACAGAAGGAAUAGUUUGCUUUGCAAUCUUGGGAAGAUAGUAGUGAGAGUGGGAAGACCAGCUAGUGAAAGUGCAAAUACUUCAGAAGAUUUUAAGGUAGCAAAAGUUAAACAAGAUAGAAUUCUUGAUGUCCUAACCCUGCUGUGGAAUGAUUUUGGUUUAUCUAGUGAAGAUGUGGUUUCAAGAGGAACGAGAUCUUUCUGCAGAAGGAAUAAUAUUGAAGCCGAGAGGUUUAAAGAUGUGCAGGCUAGUUUUAUGGCUGCUAGAUGGAUGUACUCACUAGGCAUGAAUAGUCUAACAGCAAAUAAUAACUUUGAUCAUCCAGAAAUAUUCAAAAAGUUUUACUUCGCUAUGUCUUAUACUCAUCCUAUGUACUAUUUGUACCAGCGAUGCGAAGACAUGUGUCAUUUGAUUAAAGAAGAUCAUAUAUACAAUGAAAGCUUUGCAAAAUCAGCUUUAGGAAGCUAUAUUACACUCAAACUGCAUAAAAUAGAUAGAAAAGACAAAAAUUUACUGCGAGAAAUAAGAAUGAAAAAUUGCAUUAGAGCAUGGCGUAUAAAAUACGUUACAAUUAUUAGCAGAAAGGAAGAUGAUGAACAAUAUCAAAAUAUAGCUCUUGACUUUAGAAAAUAUCUGGAUAAGUCAAUAUAUGUGCAUAGAGCAACAAUAAAGCCUAUAUUAAAACCUGCAUCUGAAGCUGACAGUGAGAAUCCUCUACAGAACACCAAGGCGAACUUGAAAAGAAGAAUUUCAAGCUAG